GCUCAGCAGCAGUGUCCGCAGAGCGGAGAGGAGGCCGUGGCCCUGGUCAUCCACUUGGAGGAAGAGGCUGGGAGACGGAGAGCGCAGGUUUGCAGCCCUGUGCAGUCAGAGAAACAAGCCCCACGUGGAGCAGUGUGGGGUGUGGCAGACUUUCCGCCAGAGACCCCGCCCAGAGUGGUGUCUCGGGAAGAAGCUGGAAGCCUGCACUCAGGACACCAGGAGCAGCUGACCCCAAAGAGAGAGCAGCGGCCCUUACCCAAGAAUGCUCGCCCUUCUCCCUGGGUUCCCAUUCCUGAUGAAGAAUGGAACACCAUAGAUCAGGAAGUAACAACCACGAAACUUCCUGUUGGGUUUCAGGGACCAGUGAAAGAUGUCCACGUGACGAGAGGUUUUUCCUACAAAAAGAGUGUGCAUCAGAUUCCGGCUCACGGAGACCUCUACCGGGAUAUUAGGGAGGAGAAUGUUGGGGACAUGGUCUCCUUGGGAAGUGCAGUAUCUACUUCUAACAAGAUAGCCCAGGUGGAGCAAAGAAAGGAGCUAUGGAUGCAUUACUCUAAUAAAAGGAAUAGUCUACGAAGCAACUGCAUCAAGGAAAAGUCAGUUCAUGCUGUUCAGAUUCCUGCAAGGAAUGCAGGGAAGAUGCGGAGAGAGCAGCAACAGUGGGGCUUAGAAGAUGAAAAGAUAGCAGGUGUGCAUUGGAGCUAUGAGGAAACGAAGACAUUUCUCGCAAUUCUCAAAGAAUCUCGCUUUUAUGAAACACUUCAGGCUUGUCCCAGAAAUAGUCAGGUGUAUGGCGCUGUAGCUGAAUGGCUGCGAGAGUGUGGCUUUCUCCGAACUCCGGAACAGUGUCGGACCAAGUUCAAAAGUCUCCAGAAGAGCUACCGAAAAGUGAGAAAUGGCCACGUGCUCGAGCCCUGUGCCUUCUUUGAGGACAUGGACGCAUUGUUGAACCCUGCAGCUCAUGUGUCACCCACUGACAAGCCAAAAGAGAUUGUGUCUCUCCCUCGACUAAAAAGAAUUGGUGUCGGUGCUAAAGAACAGAUCAGUCUGAUGGAGGAGGAGGAAGCUGCAGAAGAAUCUGAUAGUGAGGAAACGGGCAUCGAAUUUAUCCGAAAGUCUGAGAUGCGUGGUACCCCUGUCUUGUUUCAGAACCUGAGUGGUGUACACUGGGGCUAUGAGGAGACCAAGACUUUUCUUGAUAUCCUCCUUGAGACUCGGUUUUAUGAAGCACUUCAGUCCUGCCAUAGGAAGAGCAAAUUGUAUGGGGUCGUGGCGGAACAGCUGCGGGAAUGUGGUUUCCUCCGGACACCAGAACAGUGCAGGACCAAGUUCAAAAGCCUUCAGAAGAGCUACCGCAAAGUGAAAAAUGGUCACGUGCUAGAAUCCUGUGCUUUCUACAAGGAAAUGGAUGCCCUGAUAAACUCUCGGGCAUCUGUCCCCUCCACCAGCACCCCAGAAGAAGUCCCACCACCUUCAAGGCAAGAAAGAGAGGAUAUUGAGAUUGAACCCCGGGAACCUACAGGCUGGGAACUUGAGGAGACCUCACAAGAGGAAAUAGUAGAAGAUUCUGGCAGCGAGAGAAUGAGUGAGGAAGAAAUUGAACAAGAGUCAGAAUUCCAGGGACCUCCAGGUCUACUGCAAAACCCAAAUGAUUUUGAAAUUGGAGGUAAUAUCAAGGAGGAUGCAACACAGGUAAUAUAUAAGGACAUGGAGCAGCACAAAACGCUGAUAGAAAAGUCUAAAAGAAUUAUCUCCCAGAAUACUGAUCCAGGUAAAUAUUGUAAAAAAGAAUGUAUCUCAGGAACACAAUGGGAAAACCAUCAAGGAAUCAGACAGGGAAAGCCGAUGUCUCAGCCUAGAGAUUUAGGGAAAGCUGUAGUGCAUCAGAGGCCUUUCAUGGGGAAGAGACCCUACAGACUUCUAAAGUAUGGAGAAAGCUUUGGAAGGAGUGCUCGUCUUCUGUGCCGGAUGACCCACCAGAAGGAAAACUCUUAUAAGUGUAGUGUCUGUGGGAAGUGCUUUGUUAGAAGCAGGAGCCUCAUCAGACACCAAAGAAUCCACACAGGAGAAAAACCUUUUAAAUGUCUUGACUGUGGGAAAAGCUUUAAUGACUCCUCAAACUUUGGUGCCCAUCAGAGAAUCCACACAGGAGAGAAGCCCUACAGCUGUGGAGAGUGUGGGAAGUGCUUUAGUCAGAGCUCAAGUCUCAUCAUACAUCAGAGAACUCACACAGGCGAGAAACCCUAUCAGUGUGAAGAGUGUGGGAAAAGCUUCACCAACAGUUCUCAUUUCAGUGCCCACCGCAGGGUCCACACUGGAGAGAAUCCCUACAAAUGCAUGGAUUGUGAAAGGAGUUUCAAUAACUGUACACGAUUUCGAGAGCAUCGGAGAAUGCACACUGGAGAAAAGCCCUAUGGGUGUGCCCACUGUGGCAAACAUUUCAGUAAGGUCUCUGUUCUGACCAAACAUCGGGAGGUCCAUGUGAGAGAAAAGCUCCUGCCACAUCCUCCAUCCAUGUAUUCCCCAGAGAAUCCACAUAAGGGGAGAACUGAUGACUUCAGGAAGACUUUUUGAUACGAUCUCUUCUGUUCCUCAAUGUCCCUUUAGCCAUCCUACCCUGAUCUCACUCUUGGGAUCUUUGAUUAGCUAUAAAGUAAUUCCCAAGAUAAGUUUGAGAAUUAAAUCAAAUAAAGACUUGGAUCCUGUUCCCA